AAAUGUGAUUGUUGUCAUCAACGUCUCAAUACGGCAGGCGAGGAAAUAAUGUUGCUUUUAAAAUGUCACAUCCAAGAGGAAGUUUAUCGUCGCCGAAGUAAACAGUAACGUGCUAAACUGUACAAGACGUUCUGUAAAUUUAUAACCCCCACACCAAAAAAAUAAACAAUAAACAGCGCAACAGUAAAAUGUUAACAUUUCUUUUUUUCUGUUGAAUGCGAAUGUAUACCUUCGUUCAUCUAACGCGCAGAUGUCUGACUAUUUGGACCUGUUCCUUGAGCUACUUCACUGACUGGGUCUGCGUUCGUGUUCCUGAUCUGCAAAGGAGAUACUUCAACAAAACCUCAGAGCGCUCGGAUGCAUAUUAGUGCAUGCCUACUGAUUGCUCUUUCAUGGUCCGAAGUACCGGGGAAUUGCAAACUGUAAUACAUAUGCCUUUUUUUAAAACGUUGGGGGACAACAUUACAGUUUUCGCUGACGAUAGAGACAAGAGGGAGAUGAAGGAGUGGUGCGAUUUCAACUUUUGUGGCCAGUAUUGGACACUGUAUCGGUAACUGGCUGAAACUGAAGGCCCGACUCACCAUGGCAACACCUUGCGGUGACUGCUCAGAUAUUGGGAAGCUGCUUGCUUCCAUUCAUCUUGAAAAGUACAUGGAUAGCUUCCGACAAUUCGGCUUCCAAAAGGCAAAUGAUUUCUACCACCUUGACAAUGAAACACUCAUCCAAAUUGGAGUAACAGCUACAGGCCACAGGAAACGCAUUUUGAAACUCGCUGAGCAGAUACAGCAAACAGCACGAUUACAAAGCAAGGAGUCAACAUUGGACAGAUCAUGGUCAGAAUCUGCUAUAAACCAGGCUUUGCCACAAGACCUAGGGCCUGAUUCUCCUUCUGAGAGUUUUUCCAAUACUUCUGAGCUCAUUAGGAACAAAUCUGUCCCAAACAUUCCCACUAUUAUUGAAGAUUCCAAGGUUAGCGAAGAUGUUUUGGUAAAACCGAUACCUAAACCCAGGACGGUGUUCAGCAGACCUAAGACCGAGCAACAGGCAUCCUGUCCAAAAUCAGAACCUCAGGAACGAAACCUUUCAAAAGAGUCUUCUCAGGACUGCAGUUUGAAUUGUAUUGUGUUAUUACAAGGCUUUAGUCCAGGAGAGUCCAAUACUGAUGCAGAAGGCCUUGGUCUUGAGCAAAGGGAGUGCGUGAGGACACCUGAGAGGAGGUUAAGCCACUCAAACUCACUGGAAUCCCUCGCUAAAACUCCUGGGAAUCUACCCCCAGUUCCUCCAAGAAUGCACCGUGGAAUUCCCCCAGCCAGUUUCACAAGCCCUGGCUCUCCAGGAAGAGCAGAGAGCAACCAGCUCAUAAGUCCCCUUUCAUCAUCCCCUGUCUCCCCCUGCAGCCAUGAUGAGGAGUCAUUCUCCAUAGUGCCUAUGCUGUCUCCACCCAGUUCCCCUCACUCUAGUAUUGAGAUGGUAUCCAACGAUAUUUAUUGUGGCACUUUACCUGGCACCCCAUCGAAUGCAUGCGAGGGACUUCGGAAUAGACCUGUCCCACUUCCCCCGUCUCGGCAAGAUUUAAGCCCAUCCCCGGAAAAAAACAGCACUUUAAAGACUAGCUUUGUUGAGCCCAACAAGAGAGGCCUUGUUCUCCAGGAGGAAGUGAUCAGCCCUUACUGUGAAACUGUACUUCAGAGUAAAAGGCCCAAUCAGGAAGUGAAGUUUGCAAGAACUCAAAGUGAAGGAACUACUGGUUUGUUGAAAAAGGAGGAAGAUGGAAAGGAAGAGGAUGCUGGGCGUCGUGUGCUGGCCAGGGACCAGAGGAUCUCCGAAAUCAUGCACAGUGAUUCGAUGGGCUACGCCACCGUGGGAGAACUCCACGUCCCCACCCGGAGCUUCUCUCUGCCCCCUGACAUGUAUGGCGAUGAGUUAAAUGAGGACCUCACCAUCUCGCCCUACGCCAGUUUCACCUCGCUGUCUGACCACGUCGCACCUGUCAUCAGCAGCUGGCUGGACAAACUGUCCCCACAAGGGAACUAUGUUUUCCAGAAGCGCUUUGUGAAGUUUGAUGGCAAGAACCUGAUGUAUUUCAGCAGUGAGAAGGAUGUUUACCCAAAGGGUGUGAUCCCUUUGGCAGCUAUUCAAAUGGCACGCACAGCCAAGGAUAAUAAAUUUGAAAUUGUCACAAGCCAAAGGACAUUUGUCUUUCGUGCCGAAAAUGAAGGUCUGCGAUAUGACUGGUGUCGUACACUACAGAACAGAGUUAAGGAUCAGCAAGUGACAUCCAGGCACAGGUUUGGCCCCGGCAGUCAUUGCCAAAAGAGUGGUUAUCUGGAGCUGAAAGGAACCAAGUCCAAAAUAUACGUAGCCAUCAACACUGACCAAGUGUGGCUGCACAAAAAUGAGCAGUGUUUUAAAAAUGGAAUUGGGAUUACUUUAAUCGAUGUUCGGGGCUCCACAAUCCGAGACAACAAGAGCAAAACCUUUGAGUUGAUAACUCCACACAAAAUAUUCAGCUUCACAGCAGAGUGCGAGAGAGAGAAGAAAGAGUGGAUGGAGGCGCUGCAGGAGUCUAUUGCUGAGACCCUCUCUGAUUAUGAAGUGGCCGAGAAAAUCUGGUCCAACAGAUACAACAAGAUCUGUGCUGACUGCAAGGCCGUCAACCCUGACUGGGCGUCCAUCAAUCUGUGUGUGGUUAUCUGCAAGAACUGCGCUGGUCAACACAGAGGUCUGGGCACAACGGUUUCAAAAGUGCAGAGCCUGAAACUGGAUACCAGCGUGUGGAGCAAUGAAAUAGUGCAGCUUUUCAUCAUGCUGGGGAACGACAAAGCCAAUGAGUUUUGGGCAGCUCGGCUCCCCCCGGCAGAAGAGCUGGACUGCGACGCAACACCGGAACAACGACGCGAAUUCAUCACCCUGAAGUACCGCGAGGGAAAAUACCGCCGCAUGCAUCCCAGCUUCAGCACACAGGAAGAGCUGCUAAAGGCCCUGUGCUCAGCAGUGGCAGAGCAGAAUCUCCUGAAAACAGUCUUGUACAUCUUCUCUGAAGCAGAAGCAGCUCAUUUAUCAGACACUAAUGGCUAUGACAAAUGUCAUUCCCCUCAUCAUAAGAGCACCUUUGACUCCCACUCCCACACUACUUCAGAUUUCAGUUUCUCAGAUGGGUCACAGAGUGUUUAUGAUGAAAUAAUGCAACCAGUCAUGUAUUCUGGGUACAUCUACAAGUCUUCAGCAUUAACCAAAGGAACAUUAUCCAGGAAAACCAGAGAAGAUUUCCAGAAGUACUGGUGCUCAGUGGAACGGUCACUCCUGUUUUAUGAGUCUGACAGAAACCAUGAUCCAAGCAUGAAGAUCGACGUUAAGGAUAUUAUCUGUUUAGGAGUCAGCAGGCCAGACUCAUCCAAUAGCACUGGAUUUAUAGAUAGGUUUCGAUACACGUUUGAACUUUACUUGUCCUCCGAGAAGCUGUACCAGUUUGGUUUAGAAACUGCUGAAGGCCUCCACAGCUGGGCCAGUGCCAUUGGAAAGGCUUUCACUCCACUCAGCUGUCACUGCCUGCUGGCCAGGGAGUUUGAGCGGAUAGGGCGACUUCGCUACAAGGCAAUGCUGGACCUUGAGCAGUGGAAGGAGGGCUACUUUGUAUUGCAGAAAUCCAACCUUUUCAUCUGUCCAGGGAAUGACGGAGCUGCGGAAGACAUAGUCAACCUGAAACGACUGCAAGAACUGAGUAUUACCUCCCAGAAUGAUAAUAAUGAGAAGAAAGACAUUCUGGUACUUGUUGAAAAGGGAAGGACGCUAUACCUUCAGGGUACAGGACGGAUGGAUUUCUCCCUUUGGUACACAGACAUUCAGACUGCGGCAGGAGGGAAGGGAAAUACCCUCAGAGAUCAGCAACUAAGCAGAAAUGAUAUUCCCAUCAUAGUUGACAGCUGCAUAGCCUUCAUCACCCAGUAUGGCCUACGGCAUGAAGGAAUCUACAGGAAAAAUGGAGCCAAGUCAAGGAUCAAGCUGCUGAUGGAAGAGUUCCGCAAGGACGCACGCAACGUCAAACUGCGUAUCGGAGACAACUUCAUUGAAGAUGUCACUGACGUGCUCAAGAGGUUCUUCAGGGAAAUCGAUGACCCUGUUUUCAUGGCAGAUCUCCACCCCAUGUGGAAGGAGGCUGCAGGGAUUUCCAAUAAGAUGCGCCGUCUGGACAGGUACAAGGAUCUGAUUCGCAGCCUGCCAAGGGUCAACAGGACUACACUGGCUGCCCUUAUUGGUCACCUCUACAGGGUUCAGAAGUGUGCAGACCUGAACCAGAUGUGCACCAAGAACUUGUCCUUGCUGUUUGCACCCAGCCUCUUCCAGACAGAUGGGAAAGGGGAACACGAGGUCAAGAUCAUUGAAGAUCUCAUUGACAACUACCUUUAUGUCUUCGAUAUUGAUGAUGAGCAGCAGACACAGAUUGAACUGGAGAUCAGUCUGAUCACCACCUGGAAGGAUGUACAGCUGUCCCAAGCAGGUGAUUUGAUUAUUGAAGUAUACCUGGAGAAGAAGUUGCCCGAUUGCUGCAUUACACUCAAAGUAUCUCCAACCAUGUGCGCUGAGGAACUAACCAACCAGGUCUUGUACAUGAGAAAUGUCCCUGCAGGUGAAAAAGAUGUCUGGUUGACGUUUGAAGCCAUUGAGGAUGAGGAGCUGGAGAGGCCCCUCCAUCCCAAAGAGAAGGUUCUGGAACAGGCUCUGCAGUGGUGCAAGAUGCCUAAUCCAAGUUCAGCCUACCUCGUUGUCAAGAAGGUUCCCAGAACCGAGGCUAUCAACAUCUUCACAGCUUACAAGUGUGACAUUGUGAAGAGUGGGGUGCUGAAGUGUCGUGAAGAGCACCCCAAAAUGUUGCAGGGGAACAGAUUCCAGGAGAGAUCAUUCCAGAUCCGGGAUCACAAACUUGUUCUUCUGAAAGACAAAAAGAGCAAUAAACCUGAGAAAGAGUGGCCAUUGAAAACUCUAAAAAUCUAUAUUGGAAUUCGCAAGAAGCUCAAAGCACCAACACAGUGGGGUUUUACAGUGCUUCUGGACAGACAACAAUUGUACCUCUGUUGUUCUGGAGAAGCUGAGAUGUGGGACUGGAUGGUCAGUUUUUUGAAAGCCCAGCACGAUGACCUCCGGCCUCCAGUUUUACGACGGCACUCUUCUUCGGACAUUUCCAAACAGAAAUUUGGAACAAUGCCCCUGGUUCCCAUCCGAGGAGAUGAAAGCAACUCCACCAUGUUUUCCGCCAAUCAGACACUGCGAAAGCUACAUGCUAGAAGGACACUCUCCAUGUUCUUUCCCAUGAAGAUGCAGCAGGACUCCUUUGAGGAGCAAUCGGAGAGUCCUGAGCCAUUGUAUGAAGAAGUCGGGGACUUUGGCAUGCAGGUCCUCAAGUCCCUGGAGACCAGCUUCCUGUCGAGUACGGACGCAGAAACCCAGGAGGUAAGAGGGGUGAAUUCUGCAAAGACCCUGGACAGGCCAACCAGUUUGGGCCAGAGAAAGACUGCUUCCCUGGACAGGAUGAUCGGGCCCAACCCUGUGAAGGUGCUGAUGACUGAAAGUCCCAGAGGCCUCACCCCAGCAGCCUCUUUGGAUACUUUAAGGAGCGGUCAGCCCGUUUUCUUGGAUGACACUGGUCAGCCAGACUCCAAGAUGACCCGACCUAACCCCAGAAAAAAGAUCAUAGGACAUGGCAGCCCUACGCAGGACAGGCUACUGGAAGAGUUAUCUAAUGUGUUUGUGAAGAAAAAUGAGACUGAUAGUCCCACCAAGCAUGAUGAGGACAAUAUCAUUUGAGGACAGAAACAAUGCACAAAAUUAUGUCUUCUUAAAAACAAAGCAAUUAUGCUAUGUGCAGACAUAUUUGUGGUGUUCAAGGAAAGUGUUUAAAACUACUGUAAGAAGGGACCCUUCUGUUACCUAAUACAACAGUUAUAAAUGUCUUACAAACAUUUUGCCCAAUAUGUAUAAGUGCUUCCAAAAUAGAUAAAUGUCUGUUAUAAUAGAUUUGCCCUUAGAAAGGUGCUGUAUAUUACUGCUAUUUAAAUAUACAGAAGCCUUGUCCUAAACUGACCCUUAAACCUGGGAAAACAUCAACUAUGGAAACAUGAAAAUUCAUAGUUAAAAUAUCUUGAAACAGGAUUCAUUCCAUCUGUGGAUGGAAUUUCACAGAUACAGUUGUCAGAGGAGAUGUUCACAGACCUUGUUUUUAUUUUUGCAUUACCGCUAACAAUUGUCAGAUUAAUUCUGAAAACUAAAUGAUGCUAACUUCUAGUGAGUUUAGUAUCACUUAACUGCACUUACAUCUUCUGUCUUCAACAACAUUAUUUAAAGUUAUCACAUUUCUGAUCUUAAUAAAGAGUAUCAUUGUAACAUUAAUUGCUGUCCACUCUAAUAAUGAUGGCACUUUUCUUGAAUGUAAGAAGUCAUGCUCUUCAAUUGUUUAGUAUUUUGUUAGUCUUUCUCUUUAAGGCCCAUCAUAAUUUUAUUUCUUGGAUGUUAGGUAUAUCCUGUAACAAGUGGUAAUGUUAAAAAGUGUACUAAGAGAUAAAGUAAAAAUACUCUAUUUGUAUUUGUAUUUAGCAGUACAACAGCAAAGGUCUUACAUGGGCUUAUAACUGAAAAGUGAACUCUCUAAAUCUUUCUCUUUUCUAAAAGGGAAUCGAGUUAUUGUCAAUAACUGAAGUGCCCACAUUAUUUUUUUGUAUGCAUUCUUUCCUAUAUACUUUGUUAGGAUUUCUGCGUGAAUCUCUUUGUCACGUUGAUUACACCGUUCCAGGAAAAAUAGCUUCUGAAAAGGCAUAUCAAAGUUGUUUGCCAUAGAGCACACGAUAGAGUGGGCAAGAAACUCUACACUACAUAAAUAUUUUAACCCUAUUGGUGGAGCAGUUAGUAUUCAAGGUAGCUUACUGCCUGUAUCACACGACUAUAGCAAGUUCAUUAUAAAAUAAGAAUCAAGCAACCAAACAGAUUGAAGGACUAUUCAUUUCAGCCUAUUUUACAACUGCUCUGAAAUAAGAGCUUCGCAAAACUGCUUGACUGUUUUUGACAGCAGAGGUCAGUGCUGGACAUGUUGUAGCAAAAAAAGGGGGAUGUUGGGCAUCCUUGUAAAGUAACUACAGCCCUUCAGGUAUUGUAACUGGUUUUCAGGUUAUUUGUAAUCGAAGUAAAAUGAAAUCAGAAAUUUGCUCUGAAAUACAAAUUCUUUUAGGCCACAUUCUGUAUGGUAGAAUCAAUUCAAAUGAUUAAAAAUGUACAAAGCUCACUCAUAAAUAUUUUAUAAAUUACUGCUUUUUAAUGUUGUUCAGUCUUUUUCUAGGACUAUGAAAAGUUUUGCCAAAAUUAAAGAUGCAAAUACUUUUAUUUUCCCAGGGACUCAAAAUACACAAAGUGUAUUACACUCAUACACAUAUGUGUCUUUUCUUUAUAAGCCAAUAUGUGGUUGAGUCAAUUUAUGGUGCACCUGUAUGCAAACUUUAUAGUUUAUAGUUGCAGAAAAUAAUAUCCAGAUCUAUUACAUACUGAAUUACAUAAGCUGUUAUGAGUGCUGCUUUUCUUUAUGUUACUUAUUUAUUUAAAAUGAAGUGCUCCUGGAAGAAAUGCAUUCAUUAUCACAGCACUUUUAUUUUACUGUAUAACUGCCACUUGAAUACACUCACGACCACCCACAUCUUCAUGAUUAAAUGUUUAUUUUUAAAUUGUACAUUUACAAAUGCAAAGUACUCUAUUGGAUAGUAAAAUAUUCCGCAGUACACAUUAUUUUAUACAACCAGAGUAUUUCAGCAAUUAAAGCAGUAACUAGCGUGUGUGUUUCUUACCACAAGACAGUAGCUAGUUUUAUCAUUUAUGAGCAUUGGCAAGAAUUUUCACAACCCCAGUGUAUGUUACAGCUACUCGGUACAUAGUUGACAGCUGUAUGCAGCAACAGUACAGGCUUAAAAAUUAAAUUCCUAUUCUGUGGGAUCAGCAGAAGCAUCACUAAUUUUGAAAAUUUUGUGAAUGUGAUUUCUUUCCCUGAAUCAGUGCCUGAGUGAGCUAUGAAACAAACCAUGUUAAAAUUCAGAUUCUGAUGUCCAUUACAAAACUCUUUAAGAUGCAUGCUUUACCACUCCUUCAUCAUCUGUCAAUCUUUGACAAUUCCUUUCAUCUUACUAAUAAUUGAACUAAUUACUCUUUUUGCAUUUGCAGUGAUCUAAGCACUACCUAAUUGCAUUAAAGAUUAAUUUGUAAUAUUUAAUAGCAAAAACUUUUUAACAUGUUUAACAACAGAAACUUUUUUAAAGGUUAUUUGUGCUGUAAAAAGUAUGGUUUUAAUUUUGGCAUGUUCUUAUUUUUAGUUUUUGAUGGUGCAUAGCUUUAUGUAUUGCUCAAAUUAACUGUAAAUACUGUACAGUGUAUAUGUGCCAUUUUUAACUAGUUCAUUUACCUUUUUGAAAAAAAUGUAACUGAAAUGACAGAUUGUGAAGGAAGUUUGUUUCUUGUAUUAAAUGAAUGUUUUCUA